AUCUAUACACAAUUGGCAUCGUCCGACAGGUAGAGGCAUCCGAAACCAUCCACCAUGAGCACGCAAUCUUCCCCUCGAAAGUCGGCGGAAGCGUCGUACUCUUCGCCAGGCGAGCCCUCCAGAAGCGAUGAGCAGACACUCGAGCCUAAUCCCGAUACUCCAGACGACUCGGAGAUCCACCUUGAAAAGGAGGUCCUCCCGGAAUCAGACCCCAACAUAGACGGCGGCUACGCCUGGGUGAUAUGCUUCUGUUGCUUCUUGUUGAAUUUUAGCACCUGGGGCAUGAACUCGGGGUUUGCCAUCUACUUUGCAUACUAUCUCAACAACGAUACCUUUGACGGGGCCACCAAGAUCGACUACAGCUACAUCGGAGGUAUCGCGUUCGGUGUGGGGUUGUCGUUGUCGCCCGUAAUCAACUACAUCUAUGGACAUUUGGGCACCCGGUGGACCAUCAUCAUCGGCAACUGUGCUCAGUUCACCGGGCUUAUGUUGGCCUCCUUUUCGGUCAAGUUGUGGCAGUUGUACUUGACGCAGGGGUUGUUGCAGAGUGUGGGGUUGGGGUUGAUCACCGUGCCCAAUCUCACCAUCUUGCCACUGUACUUCAAGAAGAGACGGUUGUUUGCCAGCAGUUUGGCGUCCGCAGGUUCGGGUGUGGGAGGUAUCUGCUUCAACUUGGGAAUGCAGCGGGUGGUCGAGUCCAAGUCGGUAUUCUGGGCGUUGCGGGUGCAAAGUAUCAUUGGCUUUGGCAUGAUCUGGAUCGCUGUGUCGCUCAUCAAAACUCCUCGCACUGGCUCGGUCAUCAAAUAUACCUCUUUUGAUAUGCCUGUGUUCAGAAAUCCUGGAUUCUGGUUGUUGGCGUUUUACGUCAUCACCUGUAUGUUCGGAUACGUUAUCGUGUUGUAUACGUUGGCCUCGUUUACGUCCUCGCUCGGAUAUUCCGAGUACCAAGGCUCCAUUUCGUCCGCCAUGGUCCAGCUAGGUUCCACGAUAGGAAGACCCACUUUUGGCUCCUUGGCUGACAGAUACGGGGCUCUUACCAUGGCUACGCUGGCAUAUUUUCUCUGUGCCGUUUUCUGUCUUGCCAUGUGGAUCCCUGCUCGGAACUACGCCACUGUCAUUGUGUUUGCCUUGGUGGAAGGGUCCAUGAUGGGAUCUAUCUACGGCCUGAUUUCACCCAUCGUUGCUGAGACUUUUGGGAUCUCCAAGAUGAACGUCAGUUUCUCUAUGCUUUGGGUGCUUUUGGGUGCUGCUGGUCUCUUCUCACCAGUCAUCGGGGUCAAAUUGACAACUGGACAAGGAGGUGAAGUCGAUCCAACCCAGUACAGAUAUUGUUCGGUGUUUGCUGGAGUUUCGUUCUUCUUCUGCUCAUUAAGUCUUUUCUUGCUCAGAGGAUAUAUUACUGCAAGAAACUUGCUUUACGAUAACGGUGAGUUGGAUGCCGUAGACUAUACCGACUUGAAGGUGCCAUUGGGAAUGAGCAUCAGAAGCUGUCUUAAGAAUAGCAAGCGUAAGGUAUAAUUAGUGCUUCCUACAACUUCAAGAAAUUUGGAGUAUUUAAUAACCUUCUAUCCAUCUAAGAGAUUUGGGGUGUUUGAGGGCUUCCAUACAUGCCUCCUCCAGAAAUUUGGGGUAUGGCCUUCCAUAAUAUCCUCCUCAACCUACACUAAAUCCACCAAGUUGACUUACCUCACCAUAACGGGUGAUUUACUCAUAUGAUUUCGUUGGUACUUGCAUCGGAAAGUACAUCGAAAUCAAUGUGGUUUGCAUAUGUUAUUGAAAAUCCUGCCACCUCUUUGCAUUAUGAUAGAUAUAUAAAAUUAAUAUUAACGCCUGGCAGUAAUUAGGCGUAGAUUUGCCUUGUCCCUGAGAAAUAUUAGGCAAAAAUUCGGA